AUGAUUAUGAUAAUUUUUAUUCUCUUAGUAACUCUUCCUAUUGUACUCAAUUUCCUAGCCAAAAAGGGUAGGAAAAAUGUUAUGCCACCUGGUCCUAUAGGGUUACCAUUUAUUGGAAAUUUGCAUCAAUACGAUGAUUUAACCCCUCAUAUUUAUUUUUCGAAACUAGCCAAGAAAUAUGGAAAAAUAUUUUCACUAAAACUUGGUUCAACUCCAAUAGUUGUAAUUUCUUCAGCAAAAUUAGCAAAAGAAGUGUUAAAAAUACAAGAUUUAACAUUUUGUAGUAGACCUUCUUUUUUUGGCCAACAAAAAUUGUCUUACAAUGGCCAUGAUAUUGCAUUUGCGCCUUACAAUGACUAUUGGAGAGAAAUGCGAAAAGCUUGUGUUGUUCAUUUGUUCAAUCUCAAAAAAGUACAAUCUUUUAGUCCGAUUCGUGAAGAUGAAGUAUCUAGAAUGAUUACGAAAAUAUCCCAACAAGCAACUGCUUCCCAAAUUACAAAUUUGAGUAAUUUAGUGAUUUCACUAACAAGUACUAUUAUUUGUAGAGUUGCUUUUGGUAUUAGAUAUGACGAAGAAGCACAUGAAAAGAAGAGAUUUGAUGAACUUUUAGCUAUGGCACAAGAAAUGAUGGCGCGGUUCUUUUUCAUUGAUUAUUUUCCUAUGCUCGGUUGGCUUGAUAAAUUAUUUGGAAAUAUUAGUAGACUUGAAAAGAAUUAUAAAGAUUUAGAUGAGUUUUAUGAAGAACUCAUUGACCAACAUCUUAAUCCCAAUAAGCCAAAAUCCAUGGAAGGAGAUAUUAUUGAUCUUUUGCUACAAUUGAAGAAAGAGCAAUCAAAUCCUAUUGAUCUCACUUUGGACAACAUAAAGGCAAUUCUCAUGAAUAUAUUUGCUGGUGGAACAGACACAAGCGCGGCUGCAGUAGUAUGGGCAAUGACAGCCUUGAUGAAAAAUCCAAAAGUCAUGAAGAAAGUCCAAGAAGAAAUUAGAAAAUCAAUUGGGACUAAAGGCUUUGUGAAUGAAGAUGAUGUUCAAAACAUGCCUUAUCUCAAAGCAGUGAUAAAAGAGACAUUUAGAUUAUAUCCACCAGCUCCACUUUUAGUGCCAAGAGAAACAAUGAAAAAAUCCACACUAGAAGGGUAUGAAAUUAAGCCAGGAACUAUAAUUCAUGUUAGCUCUUGGGCGAUUGCAAGGGAUCCUAAAAUAUGGGAAAAUCCAGAAGAAUUUAUGCCUGAGAGAUUCUUGAAUAGUGAUAUUGAUUUUAAAGGCCAAGAUUUUGAGUUGCUUCCAUUUGGAGCAGGCCGAAGAGGUUGCCCAGGUAUUGCACUUGGUGUUGCAACGGUGGAUCUUAUGCUUUCAAAUCUUCUUUAUGCAUUUGAUUGGGAAUUGCCUUAUGGGAUGAAGAAAGAAGAUAUUGACACAGAUGUCAUGCCUGGAAUUCUUAUGCACAAGAAAAAUGAUCUUUGUCUUGUCCCUAAAAAAUAUUUCUAGAUUAGCUACAUCGAUAUCUAAUCAUAAUUUUAUGUCUAAUAUAUCCAUUAUCACUUAUGUUUGAUAUAGGGUCAUGUGGCUUGCCACUUUAAUUUUCAUUGUAAUUUUGUUGCUAUUUGCUAAUAAAGAGUUGUGUGUCUUCAUC